UCAAUCUUUUAUUCUCGAUUCUAUCAGUAAGUUUAUGUAGUUUCCAAAUUGUUUAGUAAUUCUACAAAAAAUUCUGUAAUGGCUGCCCGUCUGCUGAGUAUCUUCAAAUUGAGCGAGCACAUCCUGCCCAGACGCAAGUUUGCCCAUCAAUCACUGUAUUUUGCGAGGGGAAUGGCUAAGAGAAAGGACCAAAGUCAAAACACCGAGAAAGGCAAGAAAACCUGUGCAAAGAAUCAAUUUUUUGGCGGAUGCUUCAAGAAGUCGGAGCCUUUUAGAAGGGAGAACAAGAAGGAGAAAGGCAAACGCUGCCGAGAUCCCUGCACAGAUGGACCUUGCCGCCCUGAGAAAUAGACGAUUUUCCCCUCUUUAAAAAUGGCCAAUAGUUACAGUCUUUAGAUAACCUUCAAUAGUUUAAAUUUGCAUAUGUUCACCAAAGUUAUCUUCCGCUAUGAAAAUAAUAAUCUGUACACGCUUAAAAUUCUAAGAAAUUCUCGACGUAAAUUAAUUGAAUUUCAUCUGGAUUGAAAAAAAACAAGUUUAAUACAAGUUAAUCGUAAAAUUAA